AUGCCCAAUAUUCCACUCAAACGCAGAAAGUUGUUAGAAACCCCUGAUCAAGAUCCGAUACAAUGGGCAUUGACAAACCACAACGAAAAGGCUGUCAGAAGGUAUCCUCGACAUACUUUGCCUGUUAAGGCGACAACAACUUUAGACAUUGCAAAGAGAUUUAUAAAAUUGCUUCACAUUUUAGACAUUGAAGAACACAAAAUAAGCGAAAUCGCUCAUGACAUAAAACGUCUCAGCAAUACACUGGCUUUUUCGACAAGGACUUUCAUUCAGUAUAUAAUACAGCAUGCGUCAAAUUUAACGAGAUUGUUGCAAGUUUACUACGCAGUGUCUGUUCGUCUAGAUACUUUUGCUUUAACAAUCCGUUCUAUAUUGGCUUAUGUACCCGAUCUGAAUGAAACUCUUUGUGACCUUUUCUCUUUCGAAGAGCACAUUGGCCAAGCUUAUAUUCAAGCAUUGGACGAAAAGACAUUGGAAUAUCUUUUUGUAGAAGACGGUAAGAAGUUCGUCGAUUGGAGUGGUCUAAUGAAAAGAGAGAAUAUCAAUCGAUUAUUAAGUGUUAUAAAAGUUUAUUCGAACGUUACAAAGAAAGAGCAAUGUAUAAACCGUUUGCUACAACUCAAUACUUCGAAUAUCGACGAUGUGAACAAACAUUAUUAUAAGCAAGUGAAACGUGUCAAAGAAUUUCUAUUUACACCUAACAAAAUGACUUCAAAGCAGUCUGAUACUCUUUUUGCCAAAUCCCCUUUACUGCAAUAUCUUUCAACCUGGUUUUUUGAAUUUGAGCACAAUUCAAAAUUAGAAUUAUCAUCAUUUGCCCUGGAUUUAUUUAAUUUAGGCACUGAGAGUAAAGAAAAUGCACCUGAUAUUUCACUUUUACUUCAUGUAUACAAUUCAGGUUGUAAACAACUUUCUGUAAGAGGAGAGGAUCAUAUUCGAAUACCAGACAUUAUAAGAACUCUUACGCAUGCAUGUAAGAAGUCAUUAGAGCAAGAGAAUUCUGGAGGACUAGCUGUUAUUUUAACAUUUGCCCAAUUUGCUUUUGAGCAUAUGCACGUCUCAGUAGGUUAUAAUUAUGCCAACUGGUUCCAAGAUACCUUUAUACAUUCAGGCACUACUAUUUUAAAUAAAAAGAUGGGUAUGGUGUUCAUCAAUGAAUUAGAAAGAUUGUCACAAUACGAACUACCCAGCAUACUUCAAAUCCACGGGAAAGCACUGCAUUACUGUACCAAUAUAGCCAACGCUUCAAUUUACGUUUCGACUGUUAAGAAACGAUUAUUAGAAUUAGGGGUAGAUUCAACGUUUAGAAAUUAUCCGCAGUCGAUGAAAACACCCAUUCAAUCCGUCAUUGUUGCACUUGAAGACGAAGUAUCCGACAUUAUUCACCAGUUUGUAAGACGAGACGAAUUAGUACCUCACUCAUUAUUAUCGGCAGCCGUGUUUCGUAGAGCAUGGUUCAUAUCAACAUUUUUACCGAAAUUAUUUUCUUGGCAAGGAAAAGAGAUUUCGGCAAGGGAUAAAUUAAUUGAAGCUUUAAGAAAGGAUAAAAAAAUACCGGAAGCCAUGUACAGUGAUUUUAUCCAAAAAAAAUAAGUUGGCCAGUGCACCAAAAUAUUAACGUGCAACCCAACCCUGUGUGAUACAAAUUA